AUGGCGUGGUCCCAAUGUUCUAACACACUGCAUUGUACAAGUAAAUUCUACGAUGAGUGCGAAAGCGCCUCGGAAAACUUCCUGUGCCGCGGGCGACAACCCGGGAAGACCGGUCGCAGCGGCGCCGCCGCCAUCGGCUCCCAGCGCAGAUACAAUUUAUUAGCCGAAAUUAGUCGGUCCCUUUCCUGCUGUUUUGGUCGCAGAGAGGAGGGCGAAGCGACUCCGCAGUUCAGUCACUACGGUAUUGUUGUGAACAAUGCUUUGGGAAGCGGUCGAAGCAAUGUGUCGAGUAUUACCAGUUCCGCAGACAGGCCGGCUGCACGUGACAAAGGCAAGGCAUGUCCCACCUUACAUGAAAUAGCCUUUGACUCCAAGCAGAUGCUUUGGACGAUUGAACCAACUACAUCGCAUAGAAAUGAAACCUGGACCCUAGAUCGCGCAAGAUGGAUGGCUCUCGCAUGGGCUUCAAGGGUGACAAACGGAGAACCCAUAACGCGUCGAAUGAUGAAUGGGCUACUCGUUAAUGCCAUGCGCCCGAAAAACUCGAUCGAAGGGAUAACAAAAGCAGUAAUGAAGAAUUUCCAGGGGCUCGAAUUGGUUGACAACAUCGCAUGCUUUGAAACUGUCGACCAAACUACCGCAAUAGAUACGAUAUUUGAUACGUUAAGCGAGCAUUCCGCGGCAAACAGAUUGUAUUUCGCCAUCAUUGUGAAAAAGGGCUCCUGUUGCCAUGCAGUAUAUUAUAACAACAGAGGCGACGAGCGCGACGUCGUUUUGCUGGAAUGCGGUGUUGCCUCAAAACAUGGGGGCAUUAAAUGCGGGCGCAUGAUCGCUUUUAACAGGUUGGAAGCACACUUGUAUAAUGCAAGCCUGAGCAGACUGGAGAGCAUGCGUGAAUAUCUGCUGAAUCUGGACGUUUUACAGAUUAGCUCGACGAUCUACGGUUAUACCUUCAGUGUCAAGAGCGUUCAGCACCUUAUUGGAAACUGCAAAAUAAGGCAGCUUGGAGCGGCCGAUACGCGGGAAAGUGACGACAAAUCUGGACAUGCUGAAGCAGAAUCUAUCGAUCCGAGGAAGGAUGCCAAGUUAGUGUUUUCGCACGCCAAAGGUGUUGCAAAAAUGUGA